CGGCGUCGUUCCGCGGGCACCGACACAGCCAGGUACGGGCGUGGACCGCGGCUCGCUCGCCCCACUCGCGGGCAGGCUCGGGCACCUCUCUGGUCAAGAACUUGCAUUGCCUCACGCCCGUGUUAUCAGAAGAUACUGGCUGAAAGUAGCUACACGUUUUGUGCAAAAGUUGUGAGCGCAGCCGCUGUUAUUUUAACUUAUUUUCUCCGUUGCGUUCUGUCUGCAUCCGGCGCUAUGCUGACUGCGAAGAGACCGGCCUUAAUGCUGAACUCUGCCCGCUCCAAGCCCUUCAGUGGGCUCUACUCUCACUGCUUGCAGUCCGCUUCUUCCCGCAGCCCUGCUCAGGGUUGGCGUGAGGCCAAGCAGCUGGCUGCAUGGAGGAGGCAGCUUGGCAGCGUCCUGCGCUGGGCGCUGGGUGUCCUGCGGGAAGGCUUGAACGCCGGCGGCGGCGGCGUGGCCCCGGGCGGCGGAAGGAAGAAGAUGGUGUCCAUCCUGGCCAGCCAGUGUAGCUAUGUGACGGGGCAGAGACUGAGGCGAGCGCAGCAGAUCGGCCAGCUGUACGGCAACCUCUACUCGGAGAGGUCCCGGAGGAGCCUCUUCACCAGUUUGUGGCGCAAAUUCCAGAGCCGUCACUCGGGCUCCGGCAAACUCCUGGUGGCUUUCGCCGCAGUUUUCAUGUGGGACGACGAGAGGAUCCGUGACGAGGAAAUGCAGAGGUGUCUGAAUGAUUUCAAAAACCUGGACAUCCCACUGGACGAGAAACAGCAGAGCAGAGAACGCGCCUUGUGUGACAAACAUCCCAAGCAGGACGAUGCGUGGGAGCUGGUGAUGGACAGGUCCAGCUUCCGACUGUGGCGUAGACCCAUCCCAGGUAGUCAUCUCUACCAGUACAGAGUUUUUGGCACAUACAAUGACGUUACCCCUCGACAGUUCUUCAACGUGCAGCUGGACACCGAAUACAGGAAGAAAUGGGAUGAGCUGGUAAUUAAGCUGGAAGUGAUCGAACGGGAUGAGGUCUCUGGGUCGGAGGUUGUCCACUGGGUCACGCAUUUCCCGUAUCCCAUGUACUCGAGGGAUUACCUCUACAUCCGGCGCUACCACGUGGACGAAAAGAACAAUAUGAUGGUGUUGUUAUCGAGGGCUGUGGAUCACCCUGAUGUGCCAGAGCAUCCCAACUGUGUGAGGGUUACAUCGUACGAGUCCCAGAUGGUGAUCAAACCGCACCGAUCAUUUGACGAGAACGGCUUUGACUACCUCCUCACGUACCGUGAUGAUCCACAGACGGUUUUCCCUCGGUACUGUGUCAGCUGGAUGGUGUCCAGUGGGAUGCCCGACUUCCUGGAGAAGUUGCACACGGCGGCGGUCCGAGCAAAGAACAUGGAGAUCAGAGUGAAGGACUACCUGACCACCAGGAGCCUCGACGGCGUUGAGGCGAAGCCGGUGCAGCACUGCGAGCGCCAGGAGAGCUCCUGCCCCUCACAGCAGAUGGACUACGCGUAGGGCCCACCCAGACCAAACGGGGGUGGGGGGGAGUGUGGUGAGGUGCCCCGAAACUGGCAUUACUCUAAUGGAGGCCAACUACUCUUCCGAGAUGCGCACGGACUCCUCAACAUCUGAUGGCUUCUGACAGCACGGCGUCAGUGUGAAGUGGAACAAAGUUGCAUUGCCUGCAAAACUUGAAAUAUUAGAAAUAACACACUGACACCUGCUGCUUCUGAAAUGGAAAGUUAGACCACUGUGUCGGGAUCCUGACUAUUCGAAACGCUUCAGUUGAGUUACCAGCCUGAGCUUGCUUAUUCAUUUAGAGCCGUUUCGGGUGGUUUUGAUACAGAGAGGAGGGUGGUGUGGGAGGAGGAAGUUGUUUGCCUGUAAUGUGUGGGCUUUGCUGUGUUUUGGAAUAGUGCACAGGUCUGUGUUCUGUGCUUUGCCCUGGUCUCGUGCUGGCCUGCUCUUCGUCAUCACUCAGCAUUUUUUUAAUAAGCAGAUUAAUUCUCCCAGGAAGCUCUUGGUUGCUACUGAAUCUCACCAGAAAGUUCUGGUUCAUAUAUUGGGUGAAGAAUUUUCAAAUAAAAGUCUGUUUUGUAAGGAUCUCAACGUUGAAGACGGGCAUUCUUCAUGAUUGUAUUAGUGUAUGUGCUUAUGGUUCUCAUCUUCUGUCUUUCACUCUUGCCCUCUCUCCAUCUCUCUCUCUCUCUCUCUCUCUCUCUCUCUCUCACCUUCUGCUCUGCCUCUCCGUUUCCUCCUUCCCAUCUGUCUCCCUCCCUCGCUCACCCUCUCCUCCUAUUUGUCUGUUUCUCUCCUUUGCUUGUCCUCUUGCUCAUCCUGUCGCUUGUGCGUGUGUAUAAUAUAUAUUUCUUCCUCUCCUUUUCUCAUUCCCCAUUUUCCCCUCUGUGUGUGUGUGUGUGUGUGUGUGUGUGUCCUCCCUCCUCACACUGUGCAUCUCUCCAACUCCUACCCAGUGGUGUUACUGAGUUGGUACUCUGCGCCCUCAGUGGUGGGGGCUUCUGUGGAAUGCUGACACAUUACUGGGGCCAGAUCACUACCUGGAGCAUGGAUUCCCAGGCUGGUCCCUCGGUUAAUGGUAGGGGUCCACGGCAUGAAACUGGUCGGGAACCCUGACCCACAGUGGAUUGGGAUAAGGCACCAAGCUCGCAUAAGAAGAAUGGGUUUACCAUCACAGGUCCAGUUGACAUCUGGGGAAGAGGUGGGGAGCAGAGAUCCAAUCCUAUCUGCCCCGGCUGGGCUUUAAGGGGGCCAAACACAUGAUGUUAUUUCUGCACGACAUAGACCUGGUGGGCCAAAGUGUCGUCUCUGGCAACUCAAACUCUAUUUCCAUUCCCCACUCUUUCCUUGUAACCUGUUUUCCCCCUUAAUUCUACUACGCACCCACGCAUUUGAGGCACUUGCAGCAGCCAGCCAUGCUCUCAGCCUGUCUUUAAGGGGGAAUGGGAGCAUCGAAGAAAAUCCUCAGGGUACUUGGGAGAACAUGCAAACUGCACGGAGAGCAGCCGAGGUCAGGACUGAACCCGGGUUACUGUGAGGCAUUAACACUACCCACUGGGUCAUGUAGAUGACCACUUCACCUCCAUUCAGCUGUGACCAGUACCUGUGUGAAAACAGAAAAUCCAGGGAACACUCAGCUGGUCAGGCAGUAUAGGAACAGAAUUAUGUUCCAGCUUAAUGUCCCUUCCUGCCUUGAAGCCCUGAGGAAGGGUUGCAGCCCAAGACAUCGACUGUCUAUUAACUUCCACAGAUGCUGCCUGAUCUGAGCUCCUCUAGCGUUUUGUGUGUGCGGCCUUGUAUUUGCGCCUGCUUUGUGCAUUGGCUAAAUUAAUGGCAAUGCCGCCUUCCCACCAGGAGAUGGGGCUGUUGUGUUUGUUAUGCCUUGAGAUUGCUUUCCGUUUGUCAAGGGAGUGAGUCGAAGAGCUGCAGGGUAAUGUUGCAGCCCUAUGUAAAAAAAACACAACCCUGAUUAGAUCACACCAAGUAUUGUUCAGUUCCAGUUACCUCAUUAUAGGAAAUAUGUGGAAGCUUUAGAGAGGGUGCAGAGGAGACUUACUGUCUGGAUUAGUGAGUAUGUCUGUUGAGGAUAGGAGGAUGAGGUGACUUGAUAAAGCUGUACAAAAUGAUGAGAGGCAUAGAUAGUGAACAGCCUGAGACACCAAAAAUAUGGAACUUAAAACUUUAUACCACAGUGUUGUGCUGACCUUUUAACCUACUCUUAAGAUCAAACUAGCCUCUGGUUAUCCACUUGGUCUGUGCCUCAUCAUCUUGUACAUCU